AUGGAAAAAUCACGAGCACCACCAAUUGCCAACGACAAGCUUGACGACUCGGAGGCGGACAUUGUUGAUGAGUCUGCCAAAGGAAUAUCAUCGUUGAUCUUUGUGCAAGUUAUCACAAAGUUAUUUACUUUUAUAUUGAAUCAAGCAUUGAUAAGAUUUGUUUCUCCCGAUGUAUUUGGUUUAAUUGUUUAUUUGGAGUUUCUUCAAUCAUCGGUUUUAUUCAUCAGUAGAGAGUCUGUUCGACUAGCAGUACAACGUAUCGCCCAUGAUCAAACCAAAACACGAACAUUGCAAAAAGUGAUGAACUUUGGGUUUAUACCAUUCUUGAUUGCCAUUCCUGUUACUUUACUCGUUGGAUACUAUCAAGGCAUUAAAUCGGUCAACUUCCAAGACUUUUUUUUGAUCCUCCCAUUCAACAAAAUUGCCAUUGGGGUUCUUUUCCUGCUGACGAUUCUCGAGUUGAGUAUUGAACCCAUUUAUUGCGUGUAUCAAUAUGAAUUGGAAUUUGGAAAACGGUCUAAAUUUGAGGGAAUUGCCUUGAUUGCCAAAUGUACCACCACGUUUGUAGCGAUUUAUUUUGCUCGUCAACGUUUCACUGGUUUGGAAUAUAGUGGAAUAUCCAUUUUAUCCUUUAUGUUUGGUCAACUUGCAUACUCGGCAACGCUAUUCCUUUCAUACUUUGGAUCCUUCUUGAAAUUUAAUGAGACAAAGGAUACUCAUAUUAGGUACGGUGUUUUCAGCAUCGAAGGUGAGCCUCGAUUUGACCCAGCAGUUUUAUCAAUUUCAAAAAGUCUAUUCAUACAACUGAUUUUUAAACAGGUACUAACCGAAGGUGACAAGUUAUUGAUUAGCUACUUGUGCACAAUCGAGGAGCAAGGGGUGUAUGCCGUUAUCGUCAACUACGGGUCUAUUAUUGCAAGAAUAUUAUUUCAACCAUUGGAAGAGUCUAGUCGGUUAUUAUUGGCAAAGAUCGUAAACAGUACUGAACCGCCAAAAGGGGAGACAAUGGCUCAAUCUUUCACCUAUAUCAAAAUGAUAAGCUUGUUUUACUUUAACUUGUGUUUGUUUAUCAUAUUCGCGGGAAUCACCAACGGAUCAUUCCUACUUCGUGUAAUGCUUGGCAGCUCCAACAAGUGGUCACAAUCCAACAUAUUUGAUUUGUUUACCCUUUAUGUUUUUUACAUCCCCUUCUUAGCAUUCAAUGGUAUUUUUGAGGCAUUUUUCACCGUGAUUGUGCAACCACAUGAGAUACAAAAAUACUCUAAGUUUAUGACUUUCAUAACUGCAGUCGUGUUGGCGGCGCUGUACAUUUCGGUCUCUGUGAUGGAAUUGAGAUUAGCUGGAUUGAUACUAGCUAAUAUACUUAAUAUGGCCAUGAGAAUUGGGUACUGCUAUCGCUCCAUAAACAAGUACUAUGGCACAAGGAUCAGCUUGCUAACGUGUUUACGUUAUACUUCUGGAUCAAUUGCGUGCACAAUCGCUUCCUGGAUAGUGCAGUACAUAUUUGUUUUCCGGCUGGAUUCUUUUGUUACAAAGACGUGGUCAGAGUUGUUCAAGAGCGCAAUCUUUUCGGUGAUACUAUUAGCAAAUCUCGUGAUUCUAGAAAGACAAAACAUUCAAAACUCAAUAAAACGAAUUUUCAAGAUAAAAGAUGAAUAG